UUUUCACUCUGCUACCGGUAAAAUAUUGAUGUCAGUCAUCCUGACAAUUUUCUAAGCACCAAUCCCGGAAAACUCUUAAGCGGCAUUAUGAAAAAUUCGGUUAGUUUGUACCUAAUGGGCCUGACGUGGCUGAACUGGAGAAUUGCAACAAUCAGCGGUGCCAAUUUACUUCAGCAGCCUUUCAACAACACUUUUAAAAGCAGAAGCUUGAAAGCGAUCGACUGGUGCGCCUUAAACUGCCCCAAAGGUCCGAACAUUGCUUGCACCUUGAAAGGAGACUGUUUAACCAUUGCAGCACCUUGUCAGUUUCUGAAAUUGGACAAAGCGAGACUUUUGGAUCUUCACAAUCAGCUGAGGAACUUGUUCGCCACAGGAAAUGAGCCUCAAGCGAAAGGUUUGCAAGUCGCCGACAUGAUGGUAGUUGAAUGGGAUGACGAUUUGGCUUUCACUGCAAGUUGCAACUUGAAAACGUGCCCGUCAUCUAUGGAACACGAUACGUGCCACAUUACACCAAAUUUCAUGACCUCCGGCCAGAAUUUAGCAUGGGCCGCAGGAGUUACGGAUUGUAGCGAACAGUCGCUGAAGAUGGUGCAUAACUGGUAUAACGAAGUGAGGGAACUCAGCGCCGACCAGCUACAUUCUUGGGGCAAAAGCUUUCAAUUUCAAUCGGGAACGGGACAUUUUACCCAACUGAUUUGGUCUAAGGUCACCCACAUUGGGUGCGCUGCAUUUGAAAAAGACCUGGAAAGUGGCCGGAAAGAAUGUAUGAUGGCGUGUAAUUAUGGCCCCACCGGAAACGUGUUGGGACGCGCAAUGUUCAAAGAAGGCCCGCCAACCAGUGCUUGUCCAAGAGGUCUGGUGGCUAACAGUAAGCAUGCCGGGCUGUGUGGCGCAGCCCGAAGAAAUAGAUCAUUUUUGGAGGCUGUAGGGGCAGCUUUUCCUUGCAUUGUUGCCCUACAGAGAAUGUUUAGUGGAUAGUUUCAAUUGAAUAAUAAAUUAAAUGCCUGCCAUUAA